AGUAGACCUCCGCCUCCCCUCCCUCCUAGGCCUCCUCCCCUCCUAGUAAAUGUUCACAGCACGCACUCUUCUACGCACCCUCUCAAAACAACGACCAAUCCUCCGUCUCUACACCGCAUCUCCACUUCGCACGUUCUCCACCACACUUAUCAGAAUGUCCUCCACACCACGCCAUUUCGCCGAAGACGCUUCCCACAAGCACUCACUUCACGUCGUAGACGACAAAGAACGUCUCGAGCGCGCUCCCUACCUCUCGCCUCCCGGCCCCGUCAAAGGUCCUGACGGCAAAGAGAAGGAGUUUAAGGCCGAAUACACCGGUCAAUGCUUCUGCGGUGAAGUCCAAUUCGAGAUCAUGGGCGAGCCGUUGGACUCUUCAUACUGUCACUGUCGCGAUUGCCAGCACAUGCACGGAGCACCGUAUACCCACCACGCCAUCUUCCCCAAAUCCGCAGUGCACUUCACGAAGGGCGCAAAGGAGAACCUGAUCUUCUAUAACCCCCACGAGAAGAAGACCGAGUACAAAGUCCCUUGCAAAGUCACCUGCAAAUCAUGCCACUCACGUAUCGCAGAUGAGGGAAAUAACAUGAUGCUCAUGCUCCCCGGCCUCAUCGACUGGAAAGACGGGAAAAUGGCGGAAAGCUUCAAGGCCACGCAUCACCAGUACUACAAAUUCCGUACGGAGGAUAUUCAGGAUGAAAAGGCGAAGUUUGAUGGGUGGAAGGGUGAUGAACCCGUUAAUGAUGCGGCGAAAAAGAUGAAGAAGGAGAUGGAUAAGGAGAAGAAGGAGAAGGAGGAGAAGGAAGAGAAGGAUGAGUAGGCGACCAAGGCCCGGAUGUGAAGAGAAGGAGGAAGGAGUGAU